AUGUUACCUGAACCUAUCUUUGCCAAGAUUGCACUUGUUUACCCCAAAAAGGAGCUCCAGUGCCAGAUAGAUGCAAGCCUAGGUCAGGACAAGUCCUUGGAAGAGAUCCUAUCCUUCCUACAAAACAAAUCCAAGGCUCCAAUGACAAUCAAAUGCACCUUCAAGGACCAUGAAAUUGAUGCCAGCUUGCUAUUCUAUCAAGGGCAAAUUGAAGUCCCUGAUGUGAAGACCCUGUGCAUGGAUCUCCUACAGAUGUUCCACAAUAGCCCAUUGGCAGGACACCCAGGAAGACAGCACACCCUUGAACUCCUAUUGCAACUUUACUAUUGGCCUGGCAUCCAAGCAGAUACAUAUUGGCAUGUGGACAGCUGUGAAAUUGUUAUGGAUAUGACAUUUCUGUCCUGGAUACAGUCAAACAGACCAGUACAAGUGGUUGCAUGCUGGCCCAAGCCCAAAUUUGGGAGGUAG